AUGGCGCUGCCGCCGGACUACGUCGACGGGCUGUACCGCAAGGUCCUGAUGUCCGUGAAGGCAUCGAAUGCGAUUCCGACGGACGACGAGGACUACCACUUCCAACACAAGUUUAACCAGGACUUCCGCGACGGUGUCGAGACGUUGGGAGUCCGCGUCACGGCGCUUCUCCAUCGCCUCCGCAGUGCCAAUUUCCCGCGCAACGACGACGUUGCCGACGACGACCUUGCCGACUUUGAUCCGCUGGAAGAGAAUGGGGCUCUCACGGAUCUUGUGGACGGACUCCUGGAAAAAGCGUCCCAGCAAAUCAUUCGAUUCCAAAAAGGCGAAGUCGACCCGUCGCCAUCGACCGCCGCGGCGCCACCGGUCGUGCUUCCAACUCCCAGUAGCUCCAAGGUGUCGUCUAGACCACAGGACUCGUUCGAAGACAAGAUUGACAACUCGGACGCGCCGUUUGUGUCCAAGUUGCGCGCCAAGUUGCACGCCGCCUCGACACCAGACGGCGGAAAUCCCGUUGACGACGAAGACGAGAUGUACCACCCCUACCGCAGCGAGAUCACGAACCUUGCGUACCAGCCUUGGCAAGUUGAACCGACUGCGUCGCACCCAGGCAUGAUUUCCCUCGACGACGCCACCUACACGUACGUCGACACGGUGGACGGGCUGGCGUCGAUGCUGGAGGCGCUCCAGGCCGUCCCGAUGUUCGCCGUCGAUCUGGAAAACCACAGCUUUCAUUCGUUUCAGGGUUUUCUGUGCCUCAUGCAGAUCUCGACGUGGGAUUGCGACUGGCUCGUCGACACGCUGGCCCUGCGGUCGCACCUCCACACGUUGAACGCGGUGUUCUGCGACCCGACCAAGCUCAAGGUCCUCCACGGCGCCGACUCGGACAUCGUGUGGCUCCAGCGCGACCUUGGCAUCUACAUCGUCAAUAUGUUUGACACGGGCCAGGCGGCGCGCGCGCUGCAGUACCCUCGCUUCUCUCUGGCGUACCUGCUCCAGACGCACUGCGGCGUCACGGCCGACAAGCAGUACCAAUUGGCGGACUGGCGCGUGCGACCGCUGGACGAGCACAUGGUCAAGUACGCCAGAGAAGACACUCGAUAUUUGCUGUUCAUCUACGAAGUCCUGAAGAAGGAGCUGCUCGCAGCGCCCACCAACUUGCUGUACCCGACGCUCAGCCGCAGCCAGACGCUGUGCUUGAGUGUGUACGAGAAGCCGCGCGUGCCGACUGCAGACGAUGUUAGCCACCUGUGCUUUAAGCUCAAAACGACCGUCGGGCUCCAAGUCAUCACAGACGCCCAAGUCGCGAUCAUGACGCAGCUCGUGUUGUGGCGGGAUCGCCUCGCGCGGACCACGGACGAGUCCCCUGGCUACGUGUGCCCAAAUGCGGUGCUCAUGAAGAUCACCAAGGGCCUGCCGGCGACGCCCGCCGCGCUCUUCCGGCUGUGCAAUCCCAUUCCGCCGCUCGUUCGAAAACACGCGUACGACAUCACUGUACUGCUCAAGCAAACACUGGCUGGCGUCCACGAACAAGGCAAGGCGUCCGUCGCGGCGCAGCACACCGUCAAACCCAUCGAGACAACGGUCGUGGGAAGUGUCGAGGUAACGGGGAUCAGCACCCAGCUGGACGACUUCAAGGGCUGGACCAACGUCGUGGCGCGCAAGGCCAAGGCGUGUGCAUCGUCAAGUCUCAUCUCGCCGAAGAAACCCAAAGCUGCCAGAAAGACCCCCAGCGACGACGCCAAGGCGAGGCCACGUCUGUUUGCCCCAAGUGAAGGCGAGUUGGAAGGUCGUGCCGUCGAUGUGUUGGAGAAAGUGCGGCAGGCGUUUGCUAGCAAGGAGUUUGUGAUCGUGGAUGUGUCGGGUGUCGCGGCCAGCGCGCCCACGGCACAACCCCCACUGACGCCGGUUCCACCAGCUAUCAAGGAGGACGUGGCUGUGCCGCUGUCUCUCACGGAAAAGUACCCCAAGCUAAAGAAGCGGAAAGCAGCCGAGGCGCCAGCCACCGUCGACACAGAUCACAAAAACGAGGAAGAAGACAAGGUGUCGUCGUUCCAGCCGUUCGACUACGCCAGCCAGACGCUGGCCAACUCGACGAUGGACCUCGACAUCAAGCCUGAGGUCCGAUCCAAGCGAAAGAAGGGCGGCGGGUACAACCCGUUCGUGCAAGCGACGGACGACAGCGGCAUGACAGCGAUCAACCAGAAGAAGGGAUACAACGCCCCGCGUAGUUCGACCUCUCGGUAG